GAGCGCGUAGGCAUUGUAAACUUUCCCAACAAUAUUGGAUUUAAAUCCAGGAUUGAGCGAGAAUUUGAAGGCAGCCAGCUGUGGAAAACCUCCUGUUUGCAAGUGGGAUCAUAUUGACGGAAUCAUCAACACAACCCUAUCAAGCGAUGCCUUUGCUCAAGCAAAAAGUUCUGGAGAGAGUCGUCGAAUCAGUGGACGAUAAUGAUGAAGUGUUUGUGUGCGAGAUAACUGGAGAAUUUUUUAGGAACUAUGACGAUUUCUUUAAUCGCACCAUGAUGUUGUCUUCCACCUUAUGGAGCUGUGCGAUGACUGGGCGCAGCAAUUUGACGUACAAGGACGCCCUUGACAGUGAAAGGUCUGCUAAACGUUCUCUAAAAACAUUUCCUACUGCGCUGAAAGGCCCGAUAUUGCUCAUCGCUUCAAGGACCAAGCGUACGGCAAUACACGAUUUGGCCAGCGAUGUUCACGGUUAUGCAAAGGAUGUGUUCUUUAAGGGCGAAACCGUGUACACCAAAACGGGCGUUCCGGAAACGAUGCGCAAGGCCAAAAUUGUCCGGGUGGUAAUCAGUGGUUCGCCAAAUGAACAUAUACCAUCGCGUCUGAUCUACCACGUCGAGAGCUAUGAUGAGGGAGCUCCAUCAAACUACUCCGUCCGAGGAGAAGCCAUAAUACGGGAGCGGAACUCUUUGUCACGGGAAAAAUGUAAGCUGUUUCUGAAGCAGCACAUUGAACUGGGAGCAAACCAGAUGUUGUGUGUGAAGAAAGAAUCAUUGGAACAGUUUGUUACGUCUAAAGGUUGCACCGACGAUAAAGUAUUCUACGGACAGAAUCCGGACUUUGAAGUUUCAAAAAAAUUGCAGGUACAGAAAAAGUUCUCUCAGGGCGCACAGAAAACCGCAAAACCCCCAAAGAAUGCAAAUCAAAAAGGUGCCAAAUUGGUUGACAAGGAGAACAACAAAAAACAGCAAAGCAUUGAAAAUUAUUUGACACAAUUAGCUAAUGAUUCUGUUGCAAAAAAGGAAGCAAUCAAAGAAAAAAAGAAAAAUCGCAUUGAAGAGCGGGCUAAACAGCAGAUGUUGAGUAAGGAAAAAAUGCUGAUAGAGAAGGAGUUGCUACUUCCGCAGGUUGCGAUCGCGCUGAGGGAAUACAGCGCUAUAAAGGAAGAUUUGGAGCUUACGGACCAACGUGUUAUACCGCCAGCACGAGAGGUGCAAACGUUAAUCGGUGAAGAACAUUUCCCAGAUUUUCUUUUCAUACUAGAAUUCCUUAAUACGUUUGGCGAUUUACUCUCAAUCGAAACUAAAUUCCCGGAUGGCGUUACGAUGGAGCUGCUCCAGCAAGCUUUGCUGCUGCGAGAGUUUGAUGGUCCGCUCAGUGAUAUCCUUCAGGUGCUACUGAGUUCAAUAUUUGCUGCCUUGAAUGUGCUGGAACCGUCUGAAGAAGCGAACGUAGAACCAGGCACCAAAAAGGUGGACAAUUGGUGCCGCAAACAUCUCUCUACUGAUUUAACGAACCUACCGAUGGAUUCGACGACUAUUUCCGAAAUAUUGCGGUUGCACAUUAUCGCUUAUAGUCAACCAAAAUAUUUGGGUGAUGCUUGUUUUAUCUUGAUCCGUGAUCAUCCAAGCAUGAUGCAAACGUUAUCAACGCAAACUGUUUUCGAGUUACCAACUAAAAAUGUAAUACAAUUAAUUUGUGCUCUCAUACACCAGUUACUUAUGACCGAUCAGGUACUAACCCAAGUGGAGAAUUUAGGAGAUGCUCGAAUCAAAUUGAGGAACAACCUACAGGAACAGAGUCGUUUAAUACACAAGACAAAGUCGUUAAAACAGGUUGCGCUGGACAGCAUGAAAAAAUCAUUAUCAUCUUAUGAGGGCCUGAAGUCGGAAGAUGAGUUAGGCGAAUGCCGGAAGAAACUGGAAGAAAAGUUAAAUGACGAAUUGGCACAAAUCGAAACGGACGCCCGUCUUAAGAUGAAGGAGCUGCAGGAAGAAUUGGAGACUCUGAAUCAAAGCUACAAUUUGUACCAAGUGCAUCUAGGAUCCGAUCGUGGGUUCCGCAAUUAUUGGCAGUUCCAAUCGAUACCAGGUUUGUUUGUGGAGCAUGAACAAAAGUUCAUUGGGUGCUGCUUGGAACGCGUGCCAAUGCAAAUUCCUGCUCUGGUACACUGUGAACUAAAGUAUAGGAAGAAGUAUAUUACAGAGUCAAUUCUAAAAUGCGCUGGGAACAGCGAUGGCUUGUUGCAAAAAGAAGGGGAUGUUUAUGAAGAAUUGUUGUUCCGCGGGAGCAAUUUGCUGCAACAGAGCAAAAAAAGAAAAAAAGAGGCCUUAUUAUUCGACAAAGCAAACCGUACAGUAGCGAAUAACGUUCCCGCCACACAUCCAACCAACCGCGAGUUAUUCAUGUGUACUGGUAAUGGAGAAAACUGUCCUGUUCAUCUUCCUGAGCAACAAUCCAACCUUCAUGCUAAAUGGGGCUACUAUGCGACACGACAAGAGUUGGAUGAGCUCAUCAAAAGCCUCAACCCAAGGGGUCGCCGUGAGCAAUCCCUACGUAAAGCGUUAAUUUUACACCGCGACAACAUAGAAUCAAGGAUUGAACAGUGCCCGAUAGAAAAAUUGUCCGUUCAAGAGAACGAUCGUACAAUGAUGCAGGCCAGCGUGCUCGAAUCGCAACACAACAAUCCCAACCCAGGUAUACCGGAAAAUGAGUUGCUCGAAACAAUGUUCCGAGAGAGCUUGAUCGAACUAGAAGGACGAAUUACUGCCGGGUGUUUGGGUGAACUGAAGGUUAACAGUAUUGAAAAGUGGCGUAAUGCGAUCUUAAAUCGGUCGUACGAUUCGCAAAUUAAAGAAAAACUAGUGUGGGGUCAGAACCGGGCUAUAGCAAAGAAGUUUCACGUAACGAAAACAAAUCAAGAAUCAUCUAGUGAGGAAUCUGAGGAAGAACUGAACGAUAUAUUCGAAUUGUGUAAAACAGAUUCAAGGUACGGUUUAUCGGAAACUACUAAUGCUGAUGUACCUACACAGAAAAAAGAUCCAUCAAAUGGUUUGCAGCAAAAUACGGUUCGUUCAAUGGCUUCGGCGUUGCUUCAAGUCGAGCAAAGCAUUGAUAUAAAAUUUUUCAUGCAUCCGUUUGGACCAAAAGGAAAUUACAGGGACCCGAACAGGAUCUUACUCUGUCAAUUUCUAGGUCAGAAAAAGUUGAUCCAUUGGGAAACUUCACUAAUGCAUGCCACUUCCUUCUCGCAGCUCUUUUUACAUUAUCACGUGCUGUACGAUGCAAUACGAUGGUCGAGGUCUAUCGAGCGAGCAGUCUGCAUGGUUUGUAGAUUAAAAGGUGACGGCAGCGUAUCGCUUUUGUGCGACGAAUGUAAUCGGGCCUGUCACAUGUAUUGCCUUAAGCCGAAACUUAAGAAAAUUCCAGAGGGCGAUUGGUUUUGUAUGCUAUGCAGACCGGAGGACCACGAACCGAAGCACAGAGUAACUAGCGGAAAUCGAAUCACCAAAAUAAUCGAUUACGGAGAAUCGGAUUCGGAUAACUCAGAUGAUAGUGAUGAUUGUGAGAGUGGAAGUAAAUUAAUCGACAAAAAAGCAAAAUCGAAAGUAGUCAAACCACGUCGAAAGGCCUCGUCAUAUGAGGACGAUGCAUAUGAAGAGGAUAUAUCAAUGAUAGAACCCAAAGUAAAAAAACCUAAAAUUGUAAUACACAAAAAGGCCGAAACGAAGAAGCUAAAUUCAUCGCGAAGUGCUUCUCAAAAAGCUAACCAGGGAACAGGAACAGUACACGCUAAACGUAACCAUCAAAUAGAAUCCAAGCAGGAAAAUCGAACCAACAAAACGACGCCUCAGAAAACCAUUAAUCGCUCGAGUGUUGGAAGACGGUCUCUGGACGCUGAAAAGAAGAAAGUAAUUCCUUCGGACACCUCUCGUCGAACAGCUCGCAACCAGGAAAAAAGAACCGAAAAUAACCAAGCACUACAACGGCGUCCUCAUCCAAAGCGUACCCGGCAAACAGAACCCAUGAAAGAUGGACAUACCAAAAAAAGGAAACUUUCGGAAAACAUUAAUAGUCCAAGUACUGGACGGCGGUCGCUGCGACUUUCAACGAAGGAAGAUUUCCUUUCUUCGUAAUGUGACGGUGGUGAUCAAAAGCAUAUUUUACUUUUUGGGAGUGAUUUUAAAUUAUUAUUUUUUUCUUAAUACAAUAUUAAAAGUACGUUUCUAGUACGAUGGAGUUUUCUUUCUUUUAAUUAUUCGGACAACUAUAUUAGAAAAGAACCAUCAACAAUUACACAUUGGGAUUUAUUUACCAUUUAUUUUGCGAAACAGUGAAAAUUAUUCAGAGUUAAGCUUUUGCUUAAAAAUAUACGACACUA